AGCACACUGGUACAUGGUGCACGGCACACUGAGGUACAUCACUUAUGUAACCCACGGGGAUGUAAGGUAGCAUAGGUGGGUGGUUUUAUUUUACAGUUCGUCUGGUUUAGGCUUUAAAUCAGAGUAUAAAUGGAAUCCAGCUCGGUGUAGUUGUCACCAGAACUGGGUGCUUGUAGCUUUAAGAAAAUUAAGCAAGGGGGAUGAUGGGUAAGGAGAGAGCCGGCUGGAGGAAAGAGAGACAGACGAACGGGAGAGACCACAGUGGGUUGAUUAAAUGAACACGGGAGUGACAUUGAAGGUUGGAGUUAUUAACUCAAUAACUCGAACUAAGUGUAAGAGAAGACGUCUGUUCUGCGGUUUGGAGAGGAGAUAUUUCGGCCGUGAGAUACAGCGGCGCCCGAGGCUGGGGACAGGAAGGCCAUGUCGUUCGAGGAUUGGGACGCACAAGGUGGAGUGUUUCCUAAAGUGCAUUACCACGGAUCCAAGGUACUAUGGAUAUUGUUUUUCGGAUUUCAAGAGAGUGAAGAAGACUGUGGGGUCAGUGUUCCAGGACUAGCGCACUUACAGGCCUGCUACGGGGUGGGAGUGUGAAAGUUGAGUUAUGGUAUGUGUGGGCCCACGGUAACUUCUAGUACAGAGAGUUGUGUUCCUAAUCUGUUCAUCUGUAUGUUUAUGUGAAGUAACUUUUAGUACAGAGUUGUGUUCAUAAUCUGUUCAUGGUAUGUUAUGUGAAGAAGGUGUUGGUAUAUGUACUCAAUUGAGGUGAAGUGUGGAUUUGUAUAUUUCAUGGGUUUUGAUACAGACAGUAGAGGGUAACCACUGUGAUUGGGGAUAUAGUCAGACUGCUAUAUAUCCUGCAUUUCCUUUCUUUUAUUUUUUCUAUAAUCUUUUAAAUUAAAUGUUUCAUGUUGGCAGGUAAUACCUAGUGUCUGAGUUUACUCUAGCAUAGUUAACGAGUGGAGACUAGGGAAACAUCACACCUGUUACUCCGCAGUGCAGUAAGGAGUAUAUAAACGGUUGGAUCAGUGACACCAGAGGGGCCUUAUUACACAAGCUCAUAGGCACUUUUGUUGAACCUGGUACAGUCCCUUACAUUCCAAAUGAUAAAGGGGGUAGGGGGCGCUACAUAAAAUGGGGGCUCGUCCGGGAUACUCCCUCUGGUGAGUCAUUACGAUCCUUUGAAGCAAGACAACAAAAGAGAAGAUCAGAGCAUUCAAGCCUAAGCACCACUGUCUCCUUUGUCUCAAGUAAGUGAAAAGUGAUUGAACAGCAUAGUAUAAUGGAUCUGAGGAAAGACACCAGUUUGCAAGUGGAGCUAUCCAGUUGGUGUGAGGAGGCUGGAAUUGAUAAAACCCUUGCAGUAAUGUUACUAAAUGUCCCUGCCAACACGGACAUUGCAGCCAAUGAAGGAGUAAUGGAAACAGUAAAAGUACUGGGAAGAGUUCGUGUCAGAGACACGUGAGAAGGACCCACAUUACAUUACCUGAUAGUUUUAUGUGAGUGUAAACAAGCCACUGACCUUAAGCACUUACCUCCAGAAGUGUCACCUGAAGAAAAGAAAGAGCCAUGGGCAAACAUAGCAGUCCAAUCAAUGAAUUCAGUAACCAACAAUGGCUCAGGAGAUUUUACUGAACGCCUUAAUAAGUUUUUAACAAGAGAAAGCAAGACCCUUGGUGACCUACAAACUUUUUGCAAUCCCCGCCACACAACCGGAAGCUCCCCUGAGUCCAUCAUAUGUGCAGUGGGUGGAGUUCUGGAAAAGACUGCUAAGCAUCCCAGUGACGGUAAUGCUUACAGGCGCCUGCGGACAUUUUCUGCUAUAGUUCCUACCCCAUCAGGAGGGGAAAACAUGGAAACUUGGAUGGAACAAGCGAGACUCCUGAUAUCAGAGAGCGAGUGCUCUGAGAAAGAGAAACAACGACGAAUUGUAGAAAGCCUCAAGGGACCUGCCUUGGAAAUCAUAAGGGCUGUCCGAUUCUCAGAUCCUGAAGCAAGUGCAUGGCAUUACCUCGAAGCAUUAGAGACCACUUUUGGAUCCUCAGAGUCUGGGGAAGACCUGUACUUCAAGCUUCGUCUCAUGCGCCAGAGCUCUGGAGAGACCCUCUCAGAAUUCCUGAGACGGAUAGAGAAGAUGCUCAACAAAGUCGUAGAGCGGGAUGGAGCGCCUCUAGAACUCGUUGACAAGGUACAGAUUGAGCAACUAAUUCGAGGGGCAGUAAACUCAGACAUGGUGUUACUUCAGCUGUGGUUACGAGAAAGAACCACUCGUCCACCUUCUUUUCUGAGCUUACUGAAGGAGAUUCGUGAAGCAGAGGAGAGUGAAACCUCUCGCCACAGAGUGUCUGCUAAAGUCAAAGCUAUACAUUGCUGUGAGGAAGAAAGAGAGAGUGCCUUUGCUAUUCAAGAACUGAGGGGUGAAAUCAAAGAACUAAGAGCUCAGAUAUGUGGAGGGGAGUCCAAAACGGUGUCUACAUCAUCUCUGGUAAUCCAACCUAAAGAAAAGCAGAAGGAGAAAAUAGACAAUACUGAAGUACAGGAAUUAAGAAAACAGAUACAGCAGUUGCAGCAGCAGUUGGCGGUUAUGAGUGUCAGUUCUGCACAACUUGCACUUCCAUCACCAGAGCCUCAGACCAACUCCUCUGUGUCUUCCAAGGGUUUGAGAAGCAAGUCGGCACGGGAAAAAGAGGAGUAUUUCUGCUACCGAUGUGGAGAAGAUGGCCAUAUCGCAACUAAAUGCCAGGCUAUACCCAAUUCUGAACAAGUGAUUCAAAAGCUGAUCCGAUCUCUGCGGCAAGCAAAGAGAGAGAAGUAUGAGGCCGAUGACAGCGACAGACAAGCCCAGAACCAAGCUUGUUUCUCAAAAAAGAGUCAGGUGGACAUCAAUGAGUUUAGUAGUCUGCCAAAGGGACUAGUGGGCCCUGCCUCCACUGUCAAGGUGAAGCUGAAUGGACUGGAGUGUACGGCUCUAUUAGACACAGGAUCCCAAGUGACUAUUGUGUUUGACAUUUGGUUCUCCAAGAACCUCCCCAAUGUACAAGUGCACCCCCUCACUGGGUUGUCAAUCUGGGGGCUCAGUUCGUCUAGCUACCCAUACAAGGGGUAUAUAGUUGUUGAUGUCACCUUUCCUGCUGCUGUUACUGGAGCUGAAGAAUCCAUUUCAAUCCUGGCUCUCAUAUUCCCAGACCCGGAAGGUCCUCCUCAAGUGCCUGUUAUUAUUGGCACCAACGCCAGUUUUUUCCAAAGACUUGCUAUGCUCAGUCAAGAAACCGAGGAAGUUGGGGUUGCACGGGUUUUGAGAAUCCAGACCCAAACCCCUGCCAAACAGCUGUUAAAAAAAGGAGAAGCCAAAGGACUCACUGAUAAGCCGGAAGGACAAGUCAGGUGGAGAGGACCUGGGGCCUGUGUGGUCCCACCAAAAAGGGAUGCACAGUUUGUCUGUCAACUGGAGACCGCUCAGCCCCUGGGAUUGGAGAUCUUUAUGUUGGACACCGCAGAGGACGGCAGUCUCCCAGCUGGGCUAUUUAUAAUCCCGGUAGUCUUUCCGUCUUCUGCUGUAGACGGGAAGACCAUUCAGGUCCUGGUACAUAACGAGACUUCGAAGGAUAUUACCAUUCCGGCAGGAGCAGUAGUGGCCCAUGUGUACCCCACUGACACACUUGUUGGGCCUUCUGGAGACAGCUACAUCCACAAAGUAAUAGACCCAACCUUGUUUGACUUCAGGGAGUCCCCUAUUCCUGAGGCCUGGGAAAGGAGACUGCAGCAGAAGUUAUCAAACUGCGGAGAUGUCUUUUCUACUGAUAAGUGGGAAGUGGGUUUAGCUCAGGGAGUAGAACAUCACAUUAGACUGACAGAUGAUAAGCCAUUUCAUGAGCGGUCCAAAUGCAUCGCUCUGGCGGACAUUGAAGAUGUACGACGCCACGUCAAAGAACUGUUGGCAGCUGGAAUCAUUAAGGAGUCAAGGAGCCCGUAUGCAUCUCCCAUUGUAAUUGCACGGAAAAAGAGUGGGACAAUCAGGAUGUGCAUCGACUAUCGAAACCUAAAUGCUCGUACCAUCCCAGAUCAGUACACCACUCCUAGGAUUGAUGAUGCCCUGGAUUGUUUGGCUGGUAGUAAGUGGUUCUCCGUGCUGGACCUCCGCAGUGGGUACUACCAAAUCGCCAUGGCAGAGGAAGAUAAAGAGAAGACAGCAUUUAUUUGCCCAUUAGGUUUCUACCAGUUUGAGUGGAUGCAGCAAGGGAUUACCGGAGCUCCAGCCACCUUCCAGCGGUUAAUGGAGAAAGCGGUUGGGGACAUGCAUCUGCUCCAAGUAAUAGUCUAUCUGGAUGACGACAUCAUGUUCGGACGCACCCUUGAAGAGCAUGAAGAGAGACUGCCAAAAUUACAUCCCAGCAGAGGAAGAGAGAGGAGAAGUGGAUGGAGGCUAUCAGGGGAAACCACUGAUAUGAGGCAGCCAGUUUCCAACCUGCCACCGUGGCAACAGAGCCAGGCCUGUUACCAUGGUUACUCCAGAGAGAGAAAAGGCCUGUCAUUCAGUCCUCUCUGGCUUGUUCACAUCACUUCAGGUUCCCGAGCCUGACAGGAUUAUAACCUGACAUAAGACUCGCACAUGGAGUCUAUGACCGUGAGAGAAAACAGCACUGAAGUCACAGCACAGACACUGUGGAGCACACACACAAACACACACUCUGACACACUGAGAUGUACUCAGAAACAGAUGCAGACACAGAUACCAGUCACUCUCUUUGGUUUGGAGUAUCAGCACAGGCUGAAUGUAUGUGUGCGCCUGGGGAUUCAGCAGCAACAUCAAUGUGCAUGAAGCUGUCACACACUGAAUAAAGCCUUUUUAAAUCUGUCUGAAGGUUUAC